AUGGGUUCAGAAGCUACUCCGGGCCGGCUCCUACACCAGGUGGUGGAUGAGUUAGCAGAAACUCGGCCAGACGAACUGUUCUGCAUCCAUCCAGUUUCGAUAAACUCAGCAGAUGGUUGGCGAAACAUCUCCUGCCAGGAUCUAGCCCACGCUGUCAAUCGCGUUGCUUUCUGGAUUGACCAGCAGCUGGGCGAUAGGGCCAAGAAGAAGCGACAUCAGUUGCGACAGAUGCUGGACAAAGUCAAGAGCAAUCGCUCAGAGGGGUUCCAGAAAUGGAAUAUGCCGUCACUCUGGGAAGUCUUCCAGGAUGCACCCAGCGACAACUACCCUUACAAGCACGAGCACGAUUUCGCCGCCGUCGAGGAUAUAACCCCGAUCAUCAUGCAUAGUUCUGGAACAACGGGAAAACCCAAGGUUAUCAACGUACCGCACGGUUAUCUCGCCGCUCUUGAGAAUAUCCAGACCAUCCCUGUGCCGAAGGGACGAAAGCUCGCUCAAGGUCAUCUGCGAGCGACUGGGAAAUUAAGAUUUCACUAUGGCCCUAUGUUCCAUUUCCUCGGCCUUGUCUGCAUCACAGAGUGUAUCUACUUUAGGGCACCAUUUGUCCUCGCACCUGACCGCCCAUUGGACCCUGAUCUGUUUGCACAGAUCGUGUCUGCCCAUCACCCCAAACGGACAUUGCUAGCUGCACCUGUACUUGAAGACCUCGGAGGACAGGAGAGCGGCCGGGAAGCACUUUCGCAAUUUGAGUACGUGGGUUACGGCGGCGCGCCAAUGUCACAAUCCGCCGGGAAACAAUUGUCAUCGCUCGCACGUCUACAGACUAUGCUUGGGAGUACCGAGACGGGAUGGACGCCCGCCUUGCUCUGCGAGGAUCCAGACGAUUGGGAUUAUCUCGAAUGGGUUCCCGCCUUUGGGGCGCGGAUGGACGAAGUCGAGAAAGGACUCUUUGAGCUGGUGAUACCCAGGCCUGAGUCACGCAAAUACCACGGAAUCUUUUAUUCCUAUCCGGAUCUGUCUGAGUACCGCACGGGCGAUCUUCUCACGCCUCAUCCAACGAAAUCCGGUCUUUGGCAUUUCAGCGGCAGAGGCGACGACAUAAUUGUCAUGGGCAACGGAGAGAAAUUCAAUCCUAUCGAAGCUGAAAAGAUUCUCGAGAGCCACAAGCUGAUCAGGCGCGCGGCGGUCUUUGCCCAGGACCGCCAUCAAGCCGCGUUGCUUCUGGAACCCCAGUGGGAUGAUCUUCCUAAGGACUGGACUGAGGAAUGGCUCCGACAGCAGCUUGAGUCACUUCUGGAUGAGGCUAAUGAGGCACUUCCGGCUUAUGCACGGAUUUUCGACACCCACAUAGCUCUAACGUCUUGCGAUAAACCAUUCGCUCGGUCCCCCAAGGGGUCAUUGCGCCGUCGCGAGAUCGCAAAUGAUUACAAGUCCGUGCUGGACUCAAUGUAUGAGCCUGAAGACUCAAACGGUUCUAACGCGCACGAUACCAAUGAUGGAGCAUAUCCUGAGGGCUCGGAUCGGGACGCGUUCCAGGAAUGGCUCUUACAAGUAUUCUCCCGACGACUCCGUUUGAAGGACGUUGGUGAAACUGAUGACCUAGUCGAUAGCGGGAUCGACUCACUGCAGGUGACUGAAUUGUCGAGGAUGUUGCAGCAUGCAUCGAAGAAACUACACCCUUCUGGGAAAACUCUGACUUGGUCAAGCAACGAAAUAUACCAAGCAGGCUCCGUCCAAGCUCUUGCCGACAGACUUAGUCGACAUGUUGGCGAUGACAAGUCUAGCAAAAGCAAUCCAGAUUCUCAAUGGACGCGAACUGAUCGGCUUGUCCAUUCUAUUUGGAAUCACUCUCAACACCUUGGCCACGGCGGUAUAACGGUAGUGCUAACGGGCUCGACGGGUGAUCUUGGGAGUCGCCUGCUCCAUCAGUUGUUGCAGAAUCCGUCGGUCGGAGAUAUAUAUUGUCUCAACCGUAGCGCGGAUGCAGCUGAUCGACAGGUGAAUAGCUUCCAGGAAAGGGGCUUGUCAGAUGGGUGGGUUACAGAAACCUCACGGGUUCACUUCUGGCAGGUCAGCCUAGGCGAUGACAUGCUGGGGCUAACACCUGCUCAAUAUCGUCAUCUGCGGGACACAGCGGACGUCUACAUCCACAACGCCUGGCCCGUCGAUUUCCAUAAACCCUUGAAAGCCUUCGAGAGUCCUAUGCUUACGGGGCUGCGACGCCUUCUGAGCCUGGUUGAGGAGUCCCCUCGCCGGGCUCACCUGCACUAUAUGUCAUCUGUGUCGACGGUCGGGUCAUGGCAAGCGUCACAUGGAUCAACAAUUCCUGAAACACUGCAUGACGCCUCCGUGGUGCAAGAACUGGGGUACGCUGAGUCGAAAUACGUCGCCGAGUCACUUUGCGAAAUCGCAGCCCAGCGCAGCAACCUUCCUAUCAGCAUCCACCGUAUCGGCCAGUUGGGCGGUCCGUCAUCCCCCAAAGGAGGAAUGUGGACCUCGCGGGACUGGUUUCCGGCGAUGGUCUGCUCAUCAAUCACCAUCGGCCAGCUUCCAGAUUCUUUGGGAACAAUGAAGGUUAAUUGGAUCCCGAUUGACCUAGCUGCUCAAGCUAUUGUGCAGAUCGUUCAAUGCCGCUAUGAGAAGCAGGGUCUUACCGGCCUCAAGGUGUACCACAUUGUCAACCCUGAGCCAAAAGAUUGGGAGUUGUUUGCUCCCUUGGUGGCUAAGGCGUGUAAAGCUACGGUGGUUUCGCUGGAAGAAUGGAUCAAUGCUUUGCAACAAAUCUCGGAUGAUACGAGUCGUGAACGUCUCGAAGGUCUGCCGGCUGUUCCAUUGCUGGGGUUUUUCCGGAGUCUGCUGGAUCAGCAGGGUGCCAAUGCCGCACCUCUUGAAACGACAAACGCCAUUGCUCAGAGUACAGUCAUGAGCAAGAUCGGGCCUGUCGAUAUUGAGCUGUUCAAGACGUGGUUGCAACAGUGGAAAGAACGUUGGCUUUCGGAUCUUGAUAUCUGA